CUGAGCCAUGCAGGGGCUCCGGGCUGCAGCUCUUGGGGCCAUGGCAGGAGCCAAGGGGGAGUAGACACCGCUGGAGAGUCAGAUCCAUGGAUGGGACACGUGUGGGGCAGGAUGCCAUGAAGAACUGCACUGACCAGGAGUACUGGGACACCCUCGUUUCACAGUGCAUCCCCUGCAGCCUGGCGUGCAGGCAGUCCCUGGCCAGGAGGUGUGAUGCUGUGUGUGAGUCCAUGGACUGCAACAAGAGACCCGGGUUUUACUACGACGAUCUCGUGAAGAACUGCAUCAAGUGCAGCUCGGUGUGCGGGCAGCACCCCAAGGAAUGUGCCCUGUCCUGCGAGCCCACGCCUGCGGGACCGGCGGCCGUGCUGGAGCCGAAGGCGUGCGCGGAGCAGGACCCGUGGCUGGUGCUGUACCUGCUGCUGGGGCUCUGCCUCUGCACCCUCAUCUGCUCCCUGCUCCUGGGCUGGACCCACCUGCGCAGGAAGGGAGACGGGGUCACCUGCCAGGCCAGCGCCGGGACCUGCCACUGCAAGGAGGACCCUGCCAAAGAUCGGCUGGUGGAAGCUGGCAGCGUUGGUGAUGGAUUCACCAGCAUCAGAAUCCCAGAGCCAGUGGAAACCUGUGGUUUCUGCUUCCCUGGACACGCCUCUGCUGUACAAGAGACCAAACCCUGCCACGGCAGCUCCUGCCACCCCGGGGAAAGGGCUGCUCCCUCCUCCUCCUCCGGGAUCUGCAGCACGGGAAGCGCUGGGGCCGUUCCCAGCCCUGACGACGGCCACUUCAAAAUCAUCUGUUCUCCUUCCCAAGAGAAGACUCCCGUGGUGUGAGCACCGUGGAUGUUCCAGCACGGGAUCAGAACGGAGGGAUGCUCCCUCUGCCCCCAAAGCUGCUUCACCCUCUGCUGCCAGUGACUGGAACAGGCUCUACCCAGCCCAGGCUGGGCCAAGGGCUGUAGGAUACAGACAGGGCUGGAGGCUGCACAGAGCUCUUUGCUUCCAUUCAAGAAACCAAAUUCCCAUUACUCUUGUGCACUCCCAGUGAAAGAAGUUGCUUCCCAUGUAGCAGCAUCUGACUUCAUCCUCCAGCUUGAUCUCAGUGCAUCCUGGCCCUUGGGACAUCUCAUGGGGGCUUUUCGUACUGGUUCCACCACCAGCAUCCCUGCAAAGGAUCAAGUGGUGCCCACUGGUCCCCAUGGAGAGCUCAGAUCUCCCUGCUUGGGGAUUCCUUCAUGUAUCAGAACAAUUUUCAGCAUGGCUGUAAACGUCUCAAACAUGGAAUUAAACCAAGGAUUUACUGAUGAAAUUUAUAAGGAGCUGGUGUGGGAAGCUCCACUGCCGGUUUCCAGCACUGCCAUGGGUGAUGGUGCCUCAUGACCAGGACACGAUGCUGCAUGUGAGGAGCUGGGACAGGCACCAAAAUCCUCAACGGAAUUGGGUUUAAAUGUGCUGCUGUCAGUUCCUGUGAUCCCCAGACCUGUGGUUUCCUGCCCCACAGCUUCAGCUCCCACAGUCUCCAACACCAUGGUCCCAAAUCCUGUGGCAUCAAUAGCAACCCAAUUCCUCUAGAGCUCCAAAAGUCUUUCCACCCUGGAAGUCACCUUGGCCUCUACCCUUGCUCAGCUCUCCCUCAUUCUGCACCUUGGCAUAGACUGAUCUCUCCCUCAGCUUCCCCAGGCUCUUGGUUCCUGUUCAGCCUCUUUCUUCCCCUCCCACCAUCUCCUGCUCUGCCAUUUGUCUCCUACAUCCCUCUGCCUCCCUUUGCAUUUGUGCUCUGCUCCUGCUCUGCUCUCCUCAGGUUCCUGUUUGUGCUCAGACCUCCAAAGCCUCUCGGCUUCUCCUGACCCCUCGCUCCUGCUCCUUCUGCCUCCCUGCAUCCCACAUCCCCCGCCCUCCCUGGGCUCGGAUCCCCCCUCAGGUGGGAGAGCUGCAGGUGAAGGGUUUUGCACUUACCUGGGGGCAGCACCAGCACAUCCUCCCCUGGCACCAUGGCUGGGAAUGGCCCCGGCUCUGUGCCCUCUCUGCCCAAGCACUUCCCAGCAAGGCCAGGGAAUUCAGGAGAAGGAAAACCCUGAGCAGCAGCCAGGGCCUCACCAGGCUGCCCCUUUCCAGCAGGGAGCUCCUGAGGACACAGGAUCCAGUCCAGCUCUGGUGACCCACAGACCUCCAGGAACCCCUGGUCAUGGUAUUUAUACAAAGAGAUUCAGAACCUUAUUUAAAAACGGGACAGAAUUAAGUGAACACGUGCCACCAUUAGGGCAUCCCUGGAGGACCAAGAGGCAUCAAUUAUUCAAAUGAGAAGGAUUUUAGGGCCAUGCCUGUGCCAGUGAGAACAGGAGCUCACCCCGUGUGGCACCAGCAGCUCCUGUCCCAGCUGGCUCAGGGGGCCACACCCAGACAAAGCCAGGGCUGGGACAGGGCUGCUCCUCCUGUCACCGUGUGAUGUUUUAAAAACUGGGGAAAACACUCACCUGAAGCCAAGUCCUUCCCAGACACCCUCCCCUCCUUUUGGGAAUGUAACUACAAUUAUCAGCAGAGAAAAGGUAACACAGAGCAUCUUGAACAAAUUAGCAGAAAAAUGGCAAACACCCUCAGCUGGAGAACCAGGAGGAAUCAAUGGAUUUGGCAUCACAUUUUACAGCCACUGGCCAGCAGCUCCGAAGGGUCAUCCCUGGGGACAUCAGUUCCAGUAUCAGAGGGACACUAUGUACAGGACAGCAGCAAUUCCAGAUGGGAUGAGUCAAACCACAUCGAAUUAAAGACGCUGAUUCUGAGCAAGAGCCCCUGCCCAGGGUUUAACCAGUUCUCACAUUUCUGCUUCUUCCAUCAAACACCAUCAUCGGGCAAAGCUCUAUCUCUACUCGAGUGGCUGAGGGACAUUAAAAUGUAGCUAAAACCACUUUCUGGCUAUUUCAGUGACCCCUGGAGAGCUGUGUUCACUGCUGGCAGGUAACAGAACACACCCCACCGCCAGCCCGCAGCGCUGCACCAGCCUUUGUUCCGGCAAAUGCCUCCUCCCAACAGAUCCAGCUGUGCCGAUAGGAAAUGUACCUCAAAAUAAACAAGUCUAGCCCAAACUGCUCCCCAGGAUGAGGAGCUGUCACUGGUGGAGGAGGCAGCCUGUCACUGCGGACUGGCAGCACCUCAGGGGGCUUUGCUUCCCCCUCCCUUCGCUGCUCCGUGGCCGCCGUUUUCCUACGGGCGAUGUCGAGGGAGCUCCACGGAGGAACCUCGCGGCUCUGCCGGGAAUAAUUCAGCGCAGGAGCUGCCUGGCUGCUGCUGAAGGGAUGGAGGGGGAGAGAAGGCUGUGUCUGAGAGAAAGCAGCGUGAGGGGUACACCAGCAGCUGCUCUUCCAUUUUUAUAGGAAAAGGGAAAAUGCCGUCCCCUCCUCUCGGAACCGGCUUGGAUUUACUGCUGCUGGAAAUAGAACCUGCUGUGAUUCGGGAGCUGGGGUGGCAGGCGGGAGAGGGGGGAAGAAAAGAAUAAUAGACCUUUUAAUACCCCAGAAAUUCUGCUUUUGAAAGCAGAAAGAGAGCCUUGAAAGCUCCCCCCGAGCACCAUCUGCGAGAGCAGAACCCUCUCCACCAGAUGGGCGGGGAGGAAAAACCAAGGGUGAUUUAUACGGCUGCCUCGUCCCUAAACAAUUUGUUCCUGAAGGCUUAACAAAGCCGGCUGCAGCAGCUCCGCCGGCCGAGCGUGUGCUGUGGAUAAAGAGAAUUCAUUAAAAGGGCAGCCAAAGGCUCAGACCCCGGCGCCACAAAGCGAAGGCAGCGCCGGAGUCAUCCUCAGGGUGGCAGUGCCCAUCCGGGCGGGGAUGCCAAUGCAGCAGCGGGGAUGACGAGGGCGGGUUGCUGCCUCCCUCCGCAAGGCUGCUGCAUUAUUAAAAGGUAGCGGAAAGCGUCGCACGGCAUCCGCACGAUCCCGUGCUCGGCUCGGGGGAAGGAGGGGCCCCUCUCCUGCGGCUCCAGGCAGCUGCAGCUCCAGCGCAGGAAUGCUCCGCUCAAACCGGGUACAAAUGGAAAUUAAAUUACCCCGGCGCGACGGGUCACACAGGCAGCAACGCGCUGGCCUCGGCAGCACCGGGGCACCCCCAAACCACACCCACCCUCCCGGGUCUGGCUCCAGAUGCUCCCCCUCGUCCCUUCUUCCUCCCUGCCCUGUCACAGAUGUACAAAACCUCCUCGUUCUGUUCCAGUCUGUGUGCAAAUCAAAAGAAUUCCACUGUCCUUCUGCUCAGCUGCUCAGGUACGAUGGUCAUUUAAUAACCAAACACACUCAAUUCCUUAUUUUCCUGUUUUUCUGUUUAUCAGACUGUGUCUGGGGCAGGUUACACACCUGGGCCCUGUUCCUAGAGCACAGAAUGAAAGGCUGACAUCCCUCCCUGCCCUUCCACACUGGCAAAGCCGAGGAGUGGCUGGCUGGGGAUUUAUGCAGAGGUUAAAGAUCAGAGGAGCUGUGGUGGAACCCUGGAUGCCUGAAGGAUCCAAGGCCAGGCUGGAACAACCUGGGACAGCAGAAGGUGUCUUUGCCCAGGGCAGGGGCUCCAACAAGCUGAAAGUCCAACCCAAACCACUCUGUGGCUUUUGGUGUGACACCAAUUUUUGCAGUGCCCAGCUGACACUCCACCCUCUCCACAAAGGAGAACAAAGCUAUUUUUGCUCUUCCAGCUCUGUUCUGAAGGCCUCCUGUCCCAGGCUGUGAUUCCAGCCCCAGCCCCUGAGAUCCAGCAGGAGCAGCUCAGGCCACAGGCACGGAGGGGAGGAAAGGCCCCAGAGCUGCGAGCUGACAACACCAACACACAGGCACUGCAAGAGGAGAGGAGCACGUGAAGGGUUAAUCCAUGUGGGAGGAUACAAGGAACCAAUACCAGCCUAGCACAUACCAGGAAAAUGUGUUGUUUACUUAGAGCACUGCAGAAGGGCUCAAUAGCAGCAGAUCCAUGGCUCAGAGCUGCCCCGGCAGCCACCGUUCCCAACAGAUGGUACAUUUUUCACCAAUGAGGUUCUCUCAAGUGUCAGAUAUAUAUAAAUCCACCUUUGGAAGGCAGCAGGGUAAAAAAAAACCAAA